AUGACAUCCACUUCAACAUCUGGCUCUAAGACUCUCCUGGAAAAGCUUCCGUAUGAUGUAGCAACUCUGAUAGUUCCCCAUCUGGAUCUAUUUGAUAUUGCAAGAUGUCGUUUGGUUUCCAGAGGAUUCUACCGUCUCUUCACAGAUGAUUCUGUUUGUCGAUUUGUGCUUAAGAGGCUAUUCGACAAAGUACCAGAAUCUUCUAGUCCGGGGGCUGGAAACGUCGAAUUAACCCGACUCAUCGCUAGAACUUCGCGAUGGAUACGAAAAGACCCCUCCAGAGUCGAAAAACUUAUCGUGGCAAAAGGGAGCACCGACCCAAGCUACUUGGGAUGGGGUGUCGUCGGCAAUACACUCGUUUACCAAUCACCCUCACAUAUUGAAGGCGAACAAUCCCAAGAGUCGAAGCUGGUCCUUAAAUGCCUUGAUAGGAGUAGGAAGGAAAUUUCCAUCGACCUCAUCGGAAUUGAUCCCCUGUUUGAUUCGGUCAACCCCGACGAAGAUAAUAAAUGGAACAUCUUCAUCCCGAGGACCGCUGACCGAGGCGAUAAGUUUUUGACCGGACAGAAGCAAUUGCCUCCUUUCAUGAUGGUUGCUAGCCAUCCAAGGACUACCACUCAAUUGCAGGACAAUCCUCGUGGCGUCCCUCAGAGGAUAAGGGAUUUCUUGAACAGACGAUCCUCUAACCCGCCAACCACCAUCCAUCAAUCGUUGGUUAUCAUUUCACUCGAUCCGGCAAAUCCUGGACAAGUUAUAUGCAACUGGACGAUCGACGAUGAGGUUCGCUGUUUUGACGCUAAUGAACACUACUUCGUCUACUCUAAGAAGGGGGCGAAGAAUAAAUACAACAUCGCAUUCUUCAAUCGGAUCAUCCCAACAUGGCCCAAAGUCCACGAAAUCGCAGGCGUGGAUAGGGUUGCAGAUUCAUUAGCAACAUUCGCAUAUCUCGCACACAAGGAAAUUUCGGCCCUGGGAGCCGACGUCGCUGGAUGCCAUUUAUUCAUCAGCUUCACUUCGUCUGCACAAAUCGUCGAUGUCAAAACUGGAGCAUCGUUGAAGAAAACAGACCUUUCGAUGCCACCUCUUAGGGAUUCUGUCGCUGCUGAGAGUGUCAAGCCACUUUUCACAUUCUUUCAGGCCACGGAGACCCAAAAUGCUGAAGGUAAAACAGUCACGGUCGAUUUGUGCUGCAAUCUCCGUUACGACGAAAUCUAUAAUGAUUUUAUCCAACACCGUCAAGCAACAGCUCUGUGGAAAUUAGAUGCCAGUAUCCUCACAGAUGGUACUGUCACAGGUCUCGCCUGGCGUCCGGCUUUCAUGGCAACUCCAAAGGUUUCCAGACAACAUAUCCCCAUCUCAAUGGACACUACAACAUUGGCUUCGAAUCGUCUUCACGACUGCCUUGCUAUUUCAACGGUUAGGGUUAACGCUGAGCAAAUGAGAGCUGGAUACCGAGGAUCUCAUGCUUACCACCAACAACGAGGAUUGACUCUCAUCGGAAGCGUACCUAGCAUCGUCACGAAUCUAUAUAAUGUCUCUAUAUUUGAGAAUGACGCCGACGUCUCAUCACAAGGUGCUAAGAACGCCAAGUGGCUGCAGCCUACAUCGUCGAUUCAUGCUUUGAGCUCGUCAGAUGCUUUGAAGGCCGCAGAGUUUUCUUUCCGUCCUCGAAGCUCAAGGGCUAGGGUUCCUAAUCCUACAGUUGACUGUGCUCCAAUUGCGGUUGGCUGUGGAUGGGUGGUCUUUGCAAAAGAUAGGAGCGAUCAAUGCAAACCACUUAAUCUUUAUGGCAGGUUAGGAAACCUUAGAAAAGCGGACGAACUUAUAGUUGUCCGAUUUGACUGA